AUGGUGGAGAAGCGCUGCCAGUUGCAGAGGGACGGCGUGUACCGCUGGUUCUCCGAGCUGCCAUCGCCGCAGCGCGUGGAGUUCCUGUGCGGCCUGCUGGACCUGUGCAUCCCUCUCGAGCUGCGCUUCCUCGGCUCGUGCCUGGAGGACCUGGCUCACAAGGACUACCAUUCUCUGUGCGACUCGGAGAUUAAGGCCAACAACCCGGCGGACCUUGGCAGCCUCACCAACCUGACGGAGGAGGUGGUGCGGAGCAAGCUGCUGGUGUCGCUGGCGCUGCUGGGCUCGGAGCAGCGCGAGGCGGCGGGCGUGUUGUACCACACGCUCAUGCACACUGACUCCAUCAUCCACAACUACGGGCUGCAGCUCAACGAGGGACGCACGGGCGAUGAGUUCCUUCUGCUCUUCACCAUGGCCUCCAACCACCCGGCCUUCAGCUUCCAUCAGAAGCAGGUGCUGCGCCAGGAGCUCACGCAGAUCCAGAGCAGCCUGAACAGCAAAGGCAUCAGCGGUGGUGGUGGUGGUGGUGGUGGUGGUGGUGGUGGCAGCAUUGGCAGCAAGAGCGCGCCCGGUCCUAGCGGCUCUCUGCCCACCUGCUCGACCUGUCACAAGAUGGCGCCCAGAACUGAGACCCCUGUCAGCAGCAUCAGCAACAGUCUGGAGAAUGCAUUGCAUACAUCAGCACAUUCCACGGAGGAAUCCUUGCCCAAGAGGCCUUUGGGAAAACAUGGCAAAGUGAGUGUUGAAAAAAUAGACCUGAAGGGAUUAUCACACACGAAAAAUGACAGAAGUGUUGAGUGUUCCUUUGAGGUCCUGUGGUCUGAUUCUUCAAUAACAUCAGUAACCAAGUCUUCCUCAGAAGUAACUGAGUUUAUUUCAAAGUUAUCCCAGCUCUACCCUGAAGAGAACUUAGACAAGCUCAUUCCUUGCUUGGCUGGCCCAGAUUCCUUCUAUAUGGAGCGUAACCAUGUGGAUUUGGAAGCAGGUCUGAGGUAUUUGGCUUCCAUACCUUCGCACAAACUGAAACAUGACCAUGUUAGGAAGUUCUUCAGCACUUCAUCUCCCACCCAACAGCUCCAAAGUCCAAGUCCUGGCAACCCCUCCCUUCCUAAAGUAGGUGCCAUGAUAGGCGUGUCUGGAAGGCCAGUGUGUGGAGUGGCUGGGAUCCCAUCCUCACAGAGCAGCACCCAGCACCACCUGCAGCACUCGGCCAGUGCAUCUGCUUCCCUGCCCCACUGCUCCCACACAGGGGGUGCAGGCUCAGCGCUGGCUUACCGGACCCAGGAGGACAACUCACCUACCAUCCUGAUGCCCUCUAGUCUGCAGGCUCCUCAGCCCCAGGAGCAAAAUGGGAUUUUAGCCUGGCUUAGGAAGCUACGUUUGCACAAGUAUUAUCCCGUCUUUAAACAGCUCACCAUGGAAAAGUUUCUGAGCCUUACUGAAGAAGAUCUGAAUAAAUUUGAGUCCCUCACCAUGGGAGCAAAGAAAAAACUCAAGACUCAGUUGGAGCUGGAAAAGGAGAAGUCAGAGAGAAGGUGCCUCAACUCCUCAGCCCCAUCCUUGGUCACCAGCAGUGGAGUGGCCCGAGUCACCCCCACCAGCCACGUGGGGCCUGUGCAGCCUGGGCAUAGCAGCCAUGCUGCAGAGCUGCGGGUGGAGGUGGAGCCACCGGCUCACCAGCUGCCCUGGGAAGGCAGCUCCUCCGAGUAUUCCAGCUCCUCCUCUAGCCCCAUGGGUGUGCAGGUGCGAGAGGAGAGUUCAGACAGCGCUGAGGAGAGCGAUAGACGUGUGGACAUACACGUUGAGGGCACUGAUGAGGAGAAGCCUGUGAUGCUGCUGACUCACUUCCCAUCCAGCUCUGCCAGACCCACAGCCCAGGUUCUGCCUGUGCAGAAUGAGGCUGGCUCCAGCCCUGCAGGUCACCAUCCCCUGCCCCCACAGCUGAUGCCUGCAGCUUCACAUCUGGCACCUGUCCGCAUGCUGAACUCGGUGCACAAGUCGGACAGAGGCAGCACAGACGUGAAACUCCUCUCAUCCUCUGUUCACUCGCUUCUGUCCCUGGAGGAAAGGAACAAGGGGCCUGGCCCUAGAAGUGGCACAAAAGUGGACAAGAGCUUUAGCGGAGCUGUGCUGGACACACUUCCCUCAGCGGCACCCCAUCCGCCAGUACAGGUCCUCUCGGGCCUUGUAGAGAACAAUUCUGUGUCACCCACAGUCUCCUUUGGUCCCCGGGCCAAAGUUGUGCAUGCAGCCACACUGGACAGGGUGCUGAAGACAGCACAGCAGCCAGCCCUGACUGUAGAGACCAGCUCGGCCACCACAGGAACACCAAGCACCGUCUUACAUGUGGCCCGGCUGCCCAUCAAGCUGCUGCUGUCCUCCUCCGUCCCUGCUGAUGCUGCCAUCUCUGGGCAGACUUCUUGCCCCAACACCGGACAGAUCAGUGUGCCCCCUGCAAUAAUCAAUCCCCGGACUGCUCUAUAUACAGCCAACACCAAAGUUGCCUUCUCUGCAGUGAGCAGUGUGCCUGUGGGCCCACUGCAGGGCAGCUUCUGCGCCAACAGCAACACUGCCUCCCCCAGCAGCCACCCUUCUACAUCUUUUGCCAGCAUGGCCACUCUGCCCAGUUGCCCCGCCCCCAGCUCCAGCCCUGCUCUCUCCUCUGUCCCUGAAAACAGCUUUUACAGUGGUGGUGCUGGCAGCAGCUCUCCAGGAAACAUUCCUGCCUCAAGUCAGAAUCACCAUCACCACCACCACCAUCAGCAGCCCCCCGCACCCACCCCACAGCCUGCGCCGCCCCCACCUGGCUGCAUUGUGUGCACGUCCUGUGGUUGCAGUGGCAGCUGUGGCUCCAGUGGCCUGACUGUCAGCUAUGCCAACUACUUCCAGCACCCAUUCUCUGGACCAUCCAUGUUUACCUUCCCUUUCCUACCCUUCAGUCCCAUGUGCAGCAACGGCUAUGUCAGUACCCAGCAGUAUGGUGGUGGCUCUGCCUUCCCUGUUGUACAUGCACCCUACAGCGGCAGUGUGACUCCAGACCCUGUCCUAGGUGGGCAGUCCACUUUUGCGGUGCCACCCAUGCAGAACUUCAUGGCUGGGACAGCAGGGCUGUACCAAACCCAAGGCUUGGUGGGCAGCACCAAUGGCUCCAGUCACAAAAAGAGUGGUAAUCUGUCCUGUUACAACUGUGGGGCUACUGGCCACCGUGCUCAGGAUUGCAAGCAACCGUCCAUGGACUUCAACCGGCAAGGAACUUUUAGGUUGAAAUAUGCCCCUCCAGCAGAAAGUCUGGACUCCACGGACUGAUCCUUUUUUUUUUU